UAUAAAAAUAUUAAUAUUACUUAAAUGGACUAUUCUACAAACAAUGUGAAAUUUGAUACUGAUAAAACAUCAGUUACAUUAUUACAAGACAUACUAAAUAAACAAGGAGUACGCACUGUUCAGUAUGAAUUACUACAAAUUGAAGGAGCUGUUAGCGCACCAUCAUUUCAGUAUCGCGUCACAGAUGGACGAUUUGUGGCUUAUGGCCAAGGAAAAUCAAAAAAAGAAGCUAAACAACAUGCAGCUAAGGCUUUAUUACGAAUUAUUCAUAAAGAAUUUCCUGAAUUGUGUUCCGAUCCUUUAUUUGAAUCACAAAUUAAUUUUACCUCAAACUUGAAUAAUACUUUUGAAACAAUGAAUUUUGGUGACAAUGAUGAACGUAAUCCAAUUGGUAUGCUUCAGGAACUUUGCACAUCUCUUCAUCUUCCUCCUCCGGUUUACAUAACAGAAUGUGAAGAUGGUCUUCCUCAUCAGCGUUUAUUUACUGUUUCAUGUAAUGUCUCUGAGUACAAGGAAACUGGUAUCGGAAAAUCUAAAAAAAUUGCUAAACGACUUGCUGCCAAUAAUCUUUAUUUGAUGUUAAAAAGCAUUCAGGCAGAUCUCAGUCUAAACUCUAAAGCAGCUGAAAAUGUUGAUGACUUUGUUCGUCAACAGUCCAGUAAUCUAAGUGGUUUGAAAAAUUCAAAAUCCACUUCUCAAUUUUAUAGAUUACCUGAAAUUCAUAGACAUUUACCAUUAACUAAUGGUCCAUGCUAUAAUGACCUAAAAAAAAUGGACGAUGAACAACUGUAUUCAUGUGAUAGCAAAUUAAUUUUAAAUAGUUUUACUGCUGAACAAGGACUCAAAGUAUCAUUUAUUGAUUUUGAAGAACUCUCAAGUACUGGUAAAUAUCAAACUUCUCUUCAAGUAUCUACUCCCAUUACUGUGGCUUUUCACGGUGAAUCCACUAUCAGCUAUGAAGAAGCUCAACAGGAUGCUGCUUAUAGAUCAUUGCGGUCAACUACAGUGAAAAGUACAACCAAUUCGACAGUCUGUGUUGUUUUAAACAGUAGUUAACAGUCAUACAAUUUAAUAAAUUUAGAUAAUAUACAAUUUAAAUGUUACAGUAUUAAAUCUUGAUAGAAAACACAUCAGAAUAACAUAUUUGAAAAAUUUCUCAAGAAAUUAAA